GAAGGCUGACCAUUUCCAGUAUAGUUUUUCCGUCUGAUCAGUUAAGUCAAAGACUUUGCGCGAUUCGGACGCUUAAGCGUGGUCGGGUUUUGCGAGCGUGACUAGUUUGGCGCGUGUUGUUUAGCUUUGCGUAUUCGGUGACUUCAUAAACAAAGCUCAAAAUGUCUCUAACACCAGUUCAAAAAUGGUACGCUGGGAAGACAAUAUUUGUUACAGGUGGUUCAGGAUUUAUGGGAAAGGUUCUGCUGGAAAAGCUUUUGUACGCCUGCUCCGAAAUACGUACGAUUUAUGUAUUGAUUCGUCCAAAGCGUGGAAAGGUACCCCAAGCGCGCCUUGAAGAGUGGUUCAAGCUGCCGGUAUUUCAACGCAUCAAAAACCAAAAACCCGAAGUAUUCAAAAAACUGGUUCCUAUACAAGGUGAUAUCACAUUCGACGGUCUAGGUAUUUCACGUGAAGACGUCGAAAAGCUCGCAAAUGAAGCUGAAAUUGUUUUUCAUUGCGCUGCAACGCUCAAACUGGAAGCGAACCUGAAGGAUGCCAUAGAAAUGAACACGGUCGGCACGAAACGUGUGCUGGAUUUGUGCAAACAGAUGAGAAAACUGCAAGUUUUGCUGCAUCUGUCAACAGCUUUUUGCUAUUGCGAUAAGGAAGUGUUGAAUGAACGUGUAUAUGAUUUUCACCAUAGUCCGUAUGACUUGAUGCGAGCGAUUGAAUGGAUGGAUGAGAAGACACUCGAUCUUAUAACACCCAAUUUGUUGAAGCCGCAUCCCAAUACGUACACGUACUCCAAACGGUUGACUGAAUGUCUCGUCAGGGAUAACUACCCGCAAUUGCCUGUUUGUAUAGUGCGACCAAGUAUCGUAUGCCCUGCUGAUAAGGAACCUGUCGAAGGAUGGGUAGAUAAUUUAAACGGUCCAGUUGGUAUCAUGGUUGCCGGAGGUAAAGGUGUUAUGCGAUCCAUGCUGUGCAAUGGUGAAUAUAAUGCAGAAGUCAUCCCUGUCGACUUGGCCAUUAACGGGCUGAUAACAAUCGCAUACACUAUUGGACAAAUGAAAGACAUGCCACCAGAAAUCCCAGUUUUUAACGUCACAUGCCGAGAAACCAAACGAACGACUUGGAAAGAAGUGUUGGAAAUGGGUAAAGCAACCGCCUAUGAAUACCCGUUUGAAGCUGGCGUUUGGUAUCCUGAUGGAGGAAUCACUACUAAUAAAUUUUACCACACCUUUUGUGUAAUAUUCUUCCACUGGCUGCCUGCAUACUUCAUAGAUUUCCUAAUGUUCUGCUUUGGACAGAAAAGAUUCAUGUGCCGCUUCCAGACUAUGAUUUCUCAAGGACUAGAAUUACUUCAAUUUUUCACAACGCGUCAAUGGGAUUUCAAAUCACAUCAGUACCAAGCCAUUGCCAAAAACCUUACUCCAGAAGAUUUCGCAUUAUUUGAUAUGGAUAUUGACAAGAUCGACACGAAGGAAUAUCUCAAACGAAUAAUUCUCGGUGGACGACAAUAUUGUUUAAAAGAACCCCUGUCCACACUGCCGAAAGCUCGAAUGCAGUUGAAAGCUUUGUGGGUUUUAGAUAAAUUAGCAAAAGCGUUCAUGAUUUGGCUUUUGGUUUGGGGAUUACUGAAAGUUACCGGCCUUGGAGAAAUUUUCAAAACAGUAAAUGUGAACUGAUUGUUACUUUUUGUCAUCCGAUAUAUAUAUAUUUUUUGUCUUUUGAUUUCAAUUUAAUUUUGUAUCGAGGUGUUGUUGGUUAUAUAAAAUAAUAUACGACAGUUGGCUGUUUUUGUGUCACGGUUUUUAAA